AUGGAAACUUUGGAUAUGGCUCAAAAAGAAACAUUAGUUGUGAUGUAUAAAACAAUUGAAGUGGAUGGCGUAAUUAAAGUAAUGAAAAAAGGCGAACAUUCGGGGAAAGAUACUUGCACAGACUGCACUCAAGAAGGCAAUAAUUCGGAUUUGGAAAGAAAUAAUCCUUCCGAGGAUAGGGAGCCAAUCAAUCUGCAUGAUACAGUGGAAGAGAAUCAAGUGACGGAUAAGGAAGCAAUUGUUGCAACUAUGGAGAAAAGGAAUGAUCAACAAGGUGGUAUUGUUCUAAAAGAAGAUAAUGAAAUGGGUUUAUACAGUACUAAGGAACCUCUUGAUAAGGGUUUCCACUCUGAGGAGGAUGUUGUUGGAAGUCUGGAAUGUAGUGAAGUGGAGUCUCUUAAUUCAGAUAAUGAUGAGUCCUUGUCCUUGAUUCAGGCGUUGGAAAUACUCCUCUUUUCGGUGGACUCUUCUUCAGCAGCAGCCUUGAAGCAAUUUACUCACUACUUAUCUGCUCAAACAGAUAACUUACAGCUUAUCUCCUUUCUCGGACUCUAUCAGCAGGGAUCAGCGAAUUUAAACACUAGCUGGACUCUUCUGUGUCAUACUUUAGCUACAUCAAUGACGAUGGAGGUUCAGCUGGAAUUUGCUUCAACUACUAUGGGCUCCAUGUCAGCUGGACUGCUUGGGCAGUUACAAGCGUUGGAAAUACUCCUCUUUUCGGUGGACUCUUCUUCAGCAGCAGCCUUGAAGCAAUUUACUCACUACUUAUCUGCUCAAACAGAUAACUUACAGCUUAUCUCCUUUCUCGGACUCUAUCAGCAGGGAUCAGCGAAUUUAAACACUAGCUGGACUCUUCUGUGUCAUACUUUAGCUACAUCAAUGACGAUGGAGGGUCAGCUGGAAUUUGCUUCAACUACUAUGGGCUCCAUGUCAGCUGGACUGCUUGGGCAGUUACAA